UAUCUACUUUGUGGGCUAGCCUAUGCUAACUGCUGCUGCUAUCGCUAGCUAUUCAGUUUGUACCCAAUUUUCAGCCUACAUUUUCGUGCUCUUCUGACAAGCGCAUUUUAUUUUCAAAAUCAGUUAUUAGCUGACAUUCGCGGUAAAAAGUCGCAAUUCAGUUCACUACUCGAAGUUUAAGUUUGCCAUAACUAAGUACUUGUGCAUAUGUAUGCACAUCUCUACAUACAUAUUUACAUUCUUAAAAGCACUAGCAAGUGACUGGUUACUUACUUAGCUGUGAAAUAAAUAUGAGUGCAUACUACUUUAAAGCCGGGGCUAAUUCUUAAUUGUAGAAGAACGCUAAUAUUUACUUUGAUAUAUGUGAAUGCAUACAAAUACAAGGAAGACAUGUACUAUCUUCAUUUUCCUUGCGCUUAAGAAAAUCUCUAGCAUUCACGUUGAUGCGAGAGUACCCGUUAAAGACGUUACUGCAGAAGUGAGCUGAAAUAAAGUGUUUCUCUCUGUGUGUUUUUUGGAGACUUCUCGUUGUUGGAUUUGAAUGAUAAGAAAAAUGCAACUGAUUGCUUUGUGAAUUGUGAAUACCUAAUUCUUCUUAUGAAGAUAAGCGAUGCAAAUAAAAUUUGAUGAAAGCCAAAAAUAUUGAAACGACGCCUGCAGUAGUGAGUCAGAAAAGACUCAGCCUAGCUGUUAAGUGCAUUUAGAGAACAAACGAUUAUCCUAAACUAUUUAUUUACUUUUGCUUCUCGCAAAAAUUUGGUGCCUGAAUACAUACCUAUACAAAAGUGCGUAUCAAGUUCCUGUCGGCCAUAUUGACAAUCCAGUAUGUAUGAAAUACCAACAAACUUGUGCUUGGAGUGGAAGAAUCUCAAUUAUCAUGUGCCAGCGUCUGAGCAAAGUAAUUAUGCAUUUUGGCAGGAGUGUCGAAAGGUUAAGGAGCAGCGCAUACUAAAGGAUGUUAGUGGUCACAUACGAACAGGCGAUUUGGUGGCCAUAUUGGGUUGCAGCGGCGCCGGCAAGACCACACUACUCGCCGCGAUAGCGCAGCGUUUGCGCGGUAAUCUAACCGGCGAUGUCGUAUUGAAUGGCGUCGUCAUGGGGCGAGAUGAAAUGACGCGCAUCUCGGGCUUUUUGCCACAAUUCGAAAUCAAUGUGAAGACGUUUACCGCCUACGAACAUUUAUAUUUCAUGUCGCACUUUAAAAUGCAUCGUAAAACAACGAAAACGCAGAAGCGUCAGCGUGUCAAUGACCUACUACUCGCUUGUGGAUUACGAGAUGCGGCCCAUACGCGCAUACAAUCAUUAUCGGGCGGCGAACGAAAGCGGCUAAGUUUGGCUGAAGAGCUCAUCACCGAUCCACCAUUCAUAUUCUGCGAUGAACCCACCACCGGCUUGGAUAGCUAUAGCGCCUAUACAGUUAUAAAAACUUUACGCCAUCUAUGCACCCGUCAUCGUGUGGCCAAACAUUCGCUGACAUCUGUUUAUGGCGAAGAUUCAUUUUCCACACCAGCGCACAGCAGCAGUGAGCAAAGCACAAGCCAUAACUCCAUUGAAAUGGAGGUGCUGCAAUCCAAUGAGAAUAUCUUGGAAUCCCUUAAGGAAAUACCCGCGCUCGAUGUGCUCAACAAUAGCCCCAAUGGACGACACAAGAAAGCUAUAAUUUGUUCUAUACAUCAGCCCAGUUCGGAUAUUUUUGAGCUUUUCACACACAUUAUACUAAUGGAUGCGGGUCGUGUUAUUUUUCAAGGCAGCACAGAGCGCGCUUUUGAGUUUUUUACUAAUUUAGGUUACGUUUUACCACAAAAUUGUAAUCCAGCCGAUUUCUAUUUGAAAACCAUAUCCGAUAGCCAUACGCAAGGCAAGGACGGUGAAUUGAUCAAAGCGAAAUAUGAUAAUCAGACAUGGGGUCGGUACUCGGGCACUUGGCUGUUGCCGCGUUCAUACAGUAGUGAAUACUUGUACAACAUUAAAAAUUUCAAGAAGAUACGUUGGGUCUACCAAGUGUACCUACUACUAAUUCGCUUCAUGACAGAUGACAGUCGUAAUAUAAAAAGUGGCCUCAUUUCGCUGGGACUUUUUAUGGUUACCUCAAUGACCCUUGCCAUUAUGUACUCGGGUGUAAGCGGCCUCACACAGACUUCGGUGCAAGAUAUUGCCGGCUCCAUAUUUAUGGUAUCCAAUGAAAUGAUAUUCACCUUCUCGUAUGGCGUCACCUAUGUGUUUCCCAGCGCACUGCCAAUUAUGCGACGUGAAGUGGGCGAAGGCACUUACAGUCUAUCAGCCUAUUAUGUGGCUGUCGUAUUAUCAUUUGUACCGAUGGCUUUCUUUAAAAGUUACUUAUUCUUCUCGGUUAUCUAUGGUGCUGUCUACUAUACAAGAGGCUUUAUGCUUUACCUGUCAAUGGGUUUAGUUUUGGGUCUUUCUGCUAUUGCGGCUACCGGUUACGGUCUCUUUCUAUCCAGUUUCUUUGAGACAGUUAAUAUGGCUUCAGAAUGCGCAGGACCAUUCGAUUUACUAUUUCUAAUAUUUGGUGGCGCUUACUAUAAUGUGGACUCGAUACCGUUAAUUAAGUAUUUAUCAUUGUUCUUCUAUUCCAAUGAGGCUUUGAUGUAUAAUUUUUGGAUUGGUGUGGAUGAGAUCGAUUGCCCUAAAAAGUUGGAUCAUCCGUGUUUGCAAAAUGGUUUGGAGGUUCUAAAGCGUGGUUCUUUCAAAACGGCCGAUUACACUUACUGGGUGGAUUGCUUGGGUCUGCUGUGCGUUGCUGUUAUUUUUAAUAUAGUUGCUUAUUUCUUUAUAAAAAAGUAUGUGAAAAGAAGUGGUUACUAUUAAGACACUAAGUUUUUAUCACAUAAAUUUGUUUUCUUCAGAAUUUGUAUGAAUACAGCCAC